UAAGAACGAAUGUAGUGUGUACUAAUUUUCUUUUUAAGUUGUAUGAAACUGAAAACGAUGAACAGAGAGAAAUUGAGUCUCUGUCGCAUUUGUUGAAUCUCAGAUGCUUAUAAGGAGUUUGCAAUAAGCAAUGAAGAGACAGAGAACUUACAAUCUCAUUUGUUUUUCACUAAGUCAACAAAAAGAAUCAAGAUCCAAUUUUUUAGGCCUCUCUCUCUCUCUCUCUCUAUAUAUAAAGCAUACAGUUUGCCUUCUCAUCUCUUCUUGUCUAUCUAUCACAAGAUCUUGAAACGCUUCUUGAGAGAGAGAAGAGAGUUGCCAAUCUUGGGUUGACUGACUUAGCCAUCCAUGAAUCCGGAGCAAAACCCCUCACGCCAAUGCGCAGCCUGCGGGGAGCAAGAAGCCUUCCUCACCUACGCCGUCAGGCAAAACCGGCGACUCUGCACCGACUGUUUACUCAAGGAGCAUCGUCACCUCUUCUGCCCAAUUUGUCUCGACGUCCCUCCUCCUCCAGAAGAGAGCAUCGUCUGCCUCAAUUGCCCUUCCGUCGCCCACCUCGCUUGCCCUCCUCCUCCUCCUCCGCCGUCUUCCUCCUUCACAUGCCCGCCGUGCUCCGACCCCAAUUUCUCCUUCUUCCCCAAAUCUAACCCUGACCAAGAAUCAGCCGACGCUCUCGUGGCAGCCGCCAAAAUCUCGGCGGCUUUGAUGAACAACGAGGCGGCUGAGUUAAAGAAGGAAGCUCAUAAGAAGAUCUUCGCAGCCAAAGAGGCCAAGAUGAGAGCUAAGGAAGCUUUGGGGAAUCUUCAGGACCUUGUUCUCAAGCAAAAAGCUUCAGAGAAGAAGAAUAGUAACAACGCUAACCCUAACCCUAACAAGAGGAAGCAUCGUUGAUUCACAAAUCUCUCAGCUGGAGACUUUGAGAGAGUUUAGGGUUUUGAUUAGAUUAGGACUUUCUUUUUGUAUAAUGGUGUGUUUGUUUGUGUGUAAUAAUUCAAACGAUUUCGUCUUUUGUGUUUUGGUUGAUGAGUUAGAACAACAAACACAUGGAAGGAAGUGAUGAUGUUUUGGUACUUGGACACUGUUUUUGCUUCUUUUGUUCUAAGAUAAAUCAAUUUCUUAUAUGUUAAA